AUGGAGUCUCUCUUUUCCACUAUGAUCGUCCUUCUCUUGGUUUCCCUUUCAUGUUUCACUUCUUCAGAAGCUCUCAAAAGCAACAAGGGGAACAUCACAAUCAAAUGGGAUCUCAUCAGCUGGACUCCUGAUGGCUAUGUUGCUACUGUAACAGCUUACAAUUAUCAGAAACAACGUUCAAUUCCUUCACCAGGAUGGACAAUGAGCUGGAGUUGGACCAGCAAAGAGGUGAUCUGGAGCAUUGUCGGUGCACAAACCACAGAGCAAGGAGACUGUUCCAUGUACAAUGAAAACAUGCCUCAUUCCUGCUCUAGUAAACCAACACUCGUUGAUUUGCUUCCUAGUACUCCUUUCAAUCAGCAGAUUGCUAAUUGCUGCAAAGGUGGUGUCCUAAAACCCGGUUUAGAAAGUGCAUUUCAGAUAGCAGUUGGUAAUGCUGGUGACUCGGUUAAGACUGUUAGAAUGCCGGUUAACUUCAUGUUCACUGCACCUAAACAACAGUAUGUUUGUGGACCGACCAAGAACGUUAGACCAACGAGGUUUAUAACCGCUGACAAGAGGAGAGUGACUAGAGCAUUGAUGACUUGGAACAUAACUUGCGUCUUCCACAAGGCAACAUGA